AUGGCACCCCCAGGCGAGCUGCCGCAAGGUAGUUCAGACACGACGUCUGACAAUCCCGAUGGAUCCAACAAGCCCCCCCAGCGUGCAACCGGCGUACGCUUCGCUAACACCGUCGACGAGAUCGAGCCGUCCGUUGCGCCGCAGGAGAGCCUCGAGAGCGAGGGCCGUGGAGAUAGCUCUGCUACACCAGAGCAGAUACGUGCCUUGGCCGACUCGCUGCAAGGCGUCAGCCUCCAGGAGCAGCGCAUGAAGAAUUACCAGUUCAUGCCCUAUUCGCUCCCACCUUCAAGGCUCCCAUCGAAUGAUACAACACCCAGCGCAACUCCUCAGCCAAGCCACAGUCCAAUGGGACAACGAUCACCGCGGACGAGUGGGACUCCCGACCUGGCGUCACCACCAUUGACUCCUGCUGGGACCUCAGCAGUGGAUGCUCCAGGCAAAGCGACAAAGUCUGACCAAGCCUCGGUGUCUGAUAGAGCGAUAACACCGCAGGCCUCAGGGCAAGACGCGCCGCGAAUAGGCCUUCCCCACCGACCAUUCUCUACUGAUACCCUCUCCCAGCGGAAAACUGCUGCUGACGAUCACGAUGGCGGCGCGCAUUCGCAUAGGAAGGGAAUGUUUCGCAUCGGACCGGGCGGACAGUCCCUUCCCGUCUCUCGAGAAACCAGUCCAUCGAGAAGCACUGCCUCUCAGUUCUAUUCUAGGCCAUUUACUCCGCAGGGGGAUGCCAACGAUCCGUAUGCCGCGAACAAGCGGCCCGCGCAAACCAAGGUGGCCGGUAAUAUUGAUCCGAGAUUUGUAUUCACUAGGAAGAAGAAAGCUGCAUCUCCAUCCUCCUCAUCAACAAGCUUGGCAAAGCCAGACAAACAGGAAAAGCGACACUCUGGAAUCUUUGGGGCCCGAAAUAAAUCCGGCGACCUACACCCGACAGGCACCGGAUCUACUCUACACAGUGCUCAAGGGUCAAUGUCUGAUUUGAAACGGUUCUUCAAGGUCGGUGGGAGUCGCAAACAAAAGAAGGCGGCAUCGCCCGGCCCGUCGAAACAUGCUGCGUCGGCAUCUAGAGCAAGCCUCCAGGUUCCAUUCGCUGAAGAUCACGGCCUCACCUCGAAAUACGGUAAAAUCGGCCGGGUGCUUGGUUCGGGUGCUGGAGGUUCCGUCAGGCUCCUGAGAAGAGCCGAAGAUAACACUGUCUUCGCGGUGAAACAGUUUAGACCACGGCACUCGUAUGAGACAGAGAAAGAUUAUGUCAAGAAAUUGACGGCCGAAUUCUGUGUUGGCUCGGCUCUGCACCACGGAAAUAUCAUCGAGACGUUGGACAUCAUACAAGAGAAAGGGAAUUGGUACGAAGUGAUGGAGCUUGCUCCUUACGACAUGUUUGCCAUAGUGAUGACCGGCAAGAUGAGCAAGCCCGAAAUCACGUGCUGUUUUCUCCAAAUCCUCAGCGGAGUGACUUAUCUUCACAGCUCGGGCCUCGCCCAUCGGGAUCUGAAGUUGGACAACGUGGUUGUCAGUGAGCAUGGCAUCAUGAAAAUCAUUGAUUUCGGUAGUGCACACGUAUUCAAAUAUCCAUUCGAGAGCGAGAUCGUUCUUGCAAGUGGUGUUGUUGGCUCAGAUCCUUACCUUGCGCCUGAGGUCUACGAUGAGCGCAGGUACGAUCCGCAAGCGGUAGAUAUCUGGUCUCUUGCGAUCAUCUACUGCUGCAUGUCACUUAGACGGUUUCCGUGGAAGGUGCCUCGUAUGUCGGACAACUCAUAUAGGCUCUUUGCUAUGGAGCCCACCCCUGGUCACGAUCCCAAGAAGCUAGCUCUUCCAUCGAGGUCUACGAACGACCUCACAGACACGCCGCAACGGGACAUAUUUCCUGAGGAUGCUGCGGAGGCAGAGAAGGCAGAACAAUCGGAGAAAUCCGAGAAAUCCGAGAAGUCUGAGAAGUCUGAGAAACCUGAGAGGUCUGAGAGGUCUGAGAAGUCUGAAUCCAAGAAACCUGAAUCAUCCACGGCAACCUCCCCUGCCGAAGCGAACGCCCCAGAACGAAAGGAAGUCAUUCGAGGGCCAUGGCGGUUGCUUCGCCUGCUGCCUAGAGAGAGCAGGCACAUCAUUGGGAGGAUGCUGACAAUCGACCCCAAGAAGCGAGCCAAUAUGCCCGAGAUCCUCGAUGAACCGUGGGUGUCAGAUACAAUCAUCUGCAGACAGAUUGGCCCUGGACAGGUGGUCAAAGCGGAGGAUCAUACCCAUAUCCUCGAGCCGCCAGCUGCCCCUACCCCGAAAUAG